GUCGACAACAAAAAUAAUUAAAUAUCACUCCUUCGUGCUUCUUUCUUACCGGCGACACAAUCUGACGCUUUUUCCCCCACCACCGAUCGUCGGCAUCACCCUCUUCCCCUCUUUCUCUCUCCUCCGAAAUCCCCAAAUUCUUCAAUUUCAAACCCUAAUUCGUAAUUCCUCUCAAAUCACGUCUUCUAAUUCACAUUCAUCAAGCAAUAUCACAAUCACACACUGUGAUUGUUCUUAUUUGUUGAAUGGUGGAAAUAAUUCGGCUCGCCUGAAUUAUUUCUGGUUCAAUUUGCCAACUUUUUCCGAGUUUAUGAUCGCCGAGAAUGUUAAUUUUGAAGGUUUGAUUGUUUAAUGAUGUGGUUUUCCUUUUGGAGAUCCAGAAAUCGAUUCUCCUUGGACGAACUUAGAUAUCUGACUGAUCAGCUGCAAAAGAUUCAAAUUGUCAAUGAAGUUAACAAGGAUUUUGUUAUUGAGGCACUGAGAUCAAUUGCUGAGUUGGUAACAUAUGGAGAUCAGCAUGACUCAACCUUCUUCGAUUGUUUUAUGGAGAAACAAGUGUUGGGAGAGUUUGUACGUAUUCUGAAGAUCAGUAGAACUAUCACUGUUUCACUCCAAUUACUUCAGACAAUGAGCAUCAUGAUUCAAAACUUGAAAAAUGAGCAUGCAAUAUAUUAUCUCUUCAGCAAUGAGCACAUUAACUAUCUCAUAAGUUAUUCCUUUGACUUUCAAAAUGAGGAGCUUUUAUCAUAUUAUAUAUCCUUCCUAAGAGCUAUAAGCGGGCAUCUGAACAAGGGCACAAUAUCGUUGCUUGUGAAGACACAAAAUGAUGAGGUAGUAUCGUUUCCAUUAUACGUUGAAGCAAUUCGAUUUGCUUUCCAUGAAGAGAGUAUGAUUCGUAUUGCUAUACGGGCAUUAACUCUUAAUGUUUACCACGUUGGGGAUGAGAGUGUAAAUAGAUACGUCGCCAGCGGCACACUUGCGAAUUACUUCACAGACCAGGUUACUUUUUUCAAGAAGCAGUGCCACACUUUGAAUGAUUUGGUUAUUCAAGCUUCACGGGAAACUUCUAAAGAAAUUUCAUCUAGAAUCAUUGCCUUCGCGGAUGAAAUUGAGGACAACCUGUAUUAUUUUAGUGAUGUUAUCUCAGCAGGAAUUCCGGAUGUUGACAGAUUGUUAACAAACAACUUGUUGCGGCUUUUGAUAUUGCCACUGUUGCUGCCUUCUCUGACUGAGGCUGGUUCAGGAAUCGGAGCUGUCACUUCAUUGUAUCUACUUUGUUGCAUAUUGAGAAUAGUCAAAAUCAAAGAUUUGGCAAAUACCAUUGUUGCUGCCUUCUUUUGUCCACAAGGCGCCUUCGUAUCACUUCAAGAAGCUGAAGUGAAUGGCAAAGCAACCUCUUACAAAAGUCAACAUUCACUGUCUGAAGAAAGUACUCAAAGCAGUAAUGGAUAUAUGGAAGAGGAUGAUAGUAACUUGAAACUUGCCAUUCCUGAAGAUGUGAGCUUGCAAGAUAAUUGGGGUGAUCUAAGUCGGUCUCUCAGGGAGACUAUACUUUCUUAUCUUAACGUAGGCGACGAUGUGCAAGUUUUGGGAUCACUAAGUGUACUUGCUACAUUGUUGCAAACCAAAGAAUUGGAGGAGUCAAUGCUAGAUGCAUUUGGGAUUCUUCCUAAACGGAAACAACAUAAGAAGCUCUUACUGCAAGCUCUGGUCGGCGAGAGCUCAGGUGAAGAACAACUUUUCUCUUCAGGGAGCUACUCAACAAGAAGCGGUUUUAUUAGUGAACUUGAUAGCUACUUAGAAAAAAUCAAGGAUUAUGGAGUUUCCUCUUCCUUUGAACCAAGAUCAAGCCCGCGCUCGUGCAGGUCUCAGGUGCUUGAUGCAUUGGUUAACCUUUUCUGCCGAUCAGAUAUCUCUGCCGGAACCUUGUGGGAUGGUGGUUGCCUCUUGCGGCAGUUGCUCCCUUAUAGUGAAGCAGAGUUCAAUAGGCAGCAUCUUAAACUACUCAGAGAAUCCUUCGUUAGAUGCUGUAGUAAUAUCCUCUUGGAGGCUAAAGGAAUGUGGGCUGAUUUACUCAUCUCGGUUCUUUGUGACGAGUGGAGGAAGUGCAAGAAAGUAACGGAGUCAUCAUCCCCCAGGAAUGAGUUGAGAUGCAUGCUCUUGCCGUCUUCUUCUGGAGGUGUCAUCUCGAGUGAAUCUUUGGCAGCUGGAGAGAGAAUGUAUGAGGUGGUAAAGGCAUUUGUACUUCUUUAUCAACUUCAAAUUUUCUCAAGAGGAAUACCAUUGCCUGAUUAUGCACCAGUCUUUUCCCCAAUCGACAUUCCUGAAAACUCUCGUGGCAGGGCCAUGGGACUCAACACUGUUGGUCCAAAGCAAGGCGUUGAGUUAAAACUCGUUGAUGCCAUUCCUUGUAGAAUUGCAUUUGAAAGAGGUAAAGAACGUUAUGUUUGGUUUCAAGCUGUAUCAAUGGGGACAUCUGGUUGGAUUGUGCUCGUGGAAGAACUCCCCUUGCGACAAAAUGUUGGAAUUGUUCGUGUUGUUGCACCUUUAGCUGCCUGUAAUCCCCGAGUUGAUGAAAAACACCCGAGAUGGCUACACCUGAGGAUCCGUCCACCAACAUUUCAGUCACUGAACCCUUCAAAAACUGCUGCAUUGGGAACAGCAAAGGCACGGACUUUGGUUGAUGGAAGAUGGACCCUAGCAUUUAGGGACGAAGAAUCUUGCAAAUCUGCUGUAUCCAUGAUACAUGAAGAGUUUGAUCUUUUAAGUCAAGAAGUUGAGAGGCAGUUAAAACCACUAUUUGAACCUGACAAUUUAACUGCUUUACCAGAUUCUUCCUCCUCUUCACUUCCAGAAACUCCAAAUAUUAUUAAUCCACCCAAUUGUUUGUGAGUUGCUUAUUAUUAGUCCAUCUAAUCGCGGUAGACUGAAAUUAUGGAUGGCUUCCUUAUGUUUUGUAGCAAAGCCAUCCUUUUGUACAUGUUGAUUUAGGUAAUCUUUAGGUUCAUAAUGUAGAUUAGUUUCAAUCAUUUAUAUACCAUUCUUUGUACACUAGCUGGGUUGCCUGCCCCGUCUCCCAAAGUUGUGGAAAUUCUUCGUUGAGAUAUGUCGACAUGGAGAUUUUCAUUGUAAAACACUUGCUCUAUUAACCUGUAAACCCUAUUGUAUAUUGAGGUGAAGAAAAUGUAUAGUCAUCGCUUUGCUGUA